UUCAGAAACACACGAGAGUUCACAUGGGAGAGAAACCAUAUUGCUGUAAUGAAUGUGGCAAACAGUUUUUAGAGAUGAGCAAACUUCACAGACACACUAGAGUUCAUACCGGAGAGAAGCCAUAUCGCUGUAAUGAAUGUGGCAAACAGUUUUUAGAGAUGAGCAAACUUCACAGACACACUAGAGUUCAUACCGGAGAGAAGCCAUAUUGCUGUAAUGAAUGUGGUAAACAGUUUUCACUAAAAGGCAAUCUUCAGAAACACACGAGAGUUCACACUGGAGAGAAGCCUUAUUGCUGUAAUGAAUGUGGCAAACAGUUUUCACAAAAAGUUGAUCUUCAGAACCACACGAGAGUUCACACUGGAGAGAAACCUUAUUGCUGUAAUGAAUGUGGUAAACAGUUUUCACAUAUGGGCAGUCUUCACAAACACACAAGAGUUCACACCGGAGAGAAGCCAUAUUGCUGUAAUGAAUGUGGCAAAUAGUUUUCACAAAAAGAUGAUCUUCAGAAACACACGAGAGUUCACACUGGAGAGAAGCCAUAUUGCUGUAAUGAAUGUGGUAAACAGUUUUCAGAGAUGGGCAGUCUACAGAGACACACUAGAGUUCACACCGGAGAGAAGCCAUAUUGCUGUAAUGAAUGUGGCAAACAGUUUUCAGACACGAGCAAUCUUCAGAGACACUCUAGAGUUCACAUCGUAGAGAAGCCAUAUUGCUGUAAUGAAUGUGGCAAACAGUUUUCAGCGAUGAGCAGUCUUCAGAAACACAAUAGAGUUCACACCGGAGAGAAGCCAUAUUGCUGUAAUGAAUGUGGUAAACAGUUUUCACAUAUGAGCAGUCUUCACAAACACACGAGAGUUCACACUGGAGAGAAGCCAUAUUGCUGUAAUGAAUGUGGCAAACAGUUUUCACAAAAAUUCAAUCUUCAGAAACACACGAGAGUUCACACUGGAGAGAAGCCAUAUUGCUGUAAUGAAUGUGGCAAACAGUUUUCAGACUCGAGCAAUCUUCAGAAACACACUAGACUUCACACCAGAGAGAAGACAUAG